UACAUGACGUAACCACGGAAGCCUUUCUCAUGUUUGUUUGCUAACAAGCCGCCUCUUGUAACUCGGCCCCAUGAUGUUGUAAUUUUUAUCUCUUUUGAGGAUGAAGGCACUUCGUCGCUGAAUCUCUCGGGGUCACCGCUGCCCGUAUGGUGCCGCGGCAGUCCGUCGCGACGCCGCCCCGGGGCUUCCUUGCCGUGUGUGGCCUUCCCAUUCAACUUGUUUGCUGUGAAAGUCAUGUUUCUUUCCUGAAGAUGGCGGCUAGGGGGACACUGUGAACUAAAUGACUGUCAGAAACAUCGCCUCCAUUUGUAAUAUGGGCACCAAUGCCUCCGCUCUGGAGAAGGACAUCGGCCCGGAGCAGUUCCCCAUCAAUGAACACUACUUUGGUCUUGUCAAUUUCGGCAACACAUGCUACUGCAACUCGGUGCUGCAGGCGCUCUACUUCUGCCGGCCGUUCCGCGAGAACGUGCUGGCCUACAAGGCCCAGCAGAAGAAGAAAGAGAACCUGCUCACGUGCCUGGCCGACCUCUUCCACUCCAUCGCCACACAGAAGAAGAAAGUGGGUGUCAUCCCGCCCAAGAAGUUCAUUUCGCGCCUGCGCAAGGAAAAUGACCUGUUUGACAACUACAUGCAGCAGGAUGCGCACGAGUUCCUCAACUAUCUGCUGAACACGGUGGCUGAUAUUCUACAGGAGGAGAAGAAGCAGGAGAAGCAGAACGGGCGCCUGAAGAACAACGGCGCCCCCGUCGAGGCCGAGACAGCCGCAGUGACUGAAAAUAAGACGGAGCCCACGUGGGUGCACGACAUCUUCCAAGGCACGCUGACCAACGAGACGCGCUGCCUCAACUGCGAGACGGUAAGCAGCAAAGAUGAGGAUUUCCUCGAUCUUUCCGUGGACGUGGAGCAGAACACAUCCAUAACGCACUGUCUCAGGGACUUCAGCAACACAGAGACACUGUGCAGCGAGUACAAGUACUACUGCGAGAUGUGCUGCAGCAAGCAGGAAGCGCAGAAGCGGAUGUGCGUAAAGAAGCUUCCCAUGAUACUGGCACUGCACUUGAAGCGCUUCAAGUACAUGGAGCAGUUGCACCGUUAUACCAAGCUGUCCUAUCGCGUGGUCUUCCCUCUGGAGCUCCGCCUCUUCAAUACAUCAGGCGACGCGGUCAACCUGGAUCGCAUGUAUGACCUUGUGGCUGUGGUAGUCCACUGCGGCAGCGGUCCAAACCGAGGGCAUUACAUCACCAUCGUGAAGAGUCAUGGCUUCUGGCUGCUGUUCGACGAUGACAUCGUGGAGAAAAUCGACGCCCACGCCAUCGAGGAGUUUUACGGACUUACGUCAGACAUCUCCAAGAACUCUGAAUCGGGAUACAUCCUCUUUUACCAGUCCAGAGAGUGACCCCGCCCCACCCCACCUCCUUUUUCCCCUAUCCAUGUUUGUCAACCACCCCAACCUUAAUUUUUAACUGACUUCACCUGCAUCUGACCGCACUUUAUUCAAAACAACGUACUGUCAAAAGUUGACAUUCCUCUCAAAUCCUAUGCAUUUUUGAAGGGGUUUAAAGUCAUAUUUUCAUAUUAUAAUUUUGGCAAACUACCUAACUACAGAAUCAGAUGACACACAUUUACAUGUUCUGUAGAUUUUAUUAUUUAUUCAACUUAUUUAUUUCUGUUAUUGUAGCACUAACCGCAAGACACUAGCAGGACUUAUGUGUUUGGGUUUUUUAGCGAUUGAACACUAUUUUUGUGUGUGUGAAUAAAUCAAACAUCCAACUUGGUGGGACUUUGCUUGCCAUUAAAGGGCGAUGGACGUCCAGCGACUUCCACUUAAAAUGGAUUGGAUGUGUCUCGCUGUCAAUGGCAAAAAUUUUAAAUUUUAGCGAUUUUUGGUUGUUUUUAUUUUUUUGCAUUUGGUAAUACUUAAUCAUUCCCACAUUGGCAUAAAAGUUUUUUAUGUUAUAUUUUCCUAUCAUCAUGUUAAUUGAAAAUUUCUCCCACAAAACGAGCAUUUCAACAUCUCAAGUUUUCUCCACAUUGUGCCAAACUGUUGUACUCCUCGUCAUAAUGAAAUGUCCAUGUGCUCUUUGUAAACAUGUACAUAAAUGGUCUAGUCUAUAGAAAACAGCGACAUUAUUUUUUUAAAAUAAGCGUAUAACUGUGCUGUCUUUCCCACCCGGUAACAAACUGUCUUGCCGUGUGAUUCGUUGAGAAAGAGCUUCCAUUCAUGACACCCACACCCCUUUUGUUGACUACUGUGACGUGGCCACAAGAGCGCCACCCGAAGGCGGCUUGCAUCUCGAUGAUGACGGAGGCGUCAUUAGCUGUCAACUAAAAGUGCACUUUAUUGCCUGAUGUGAAAACACUCGUUUGAUCUCAAUAAAAAUGA